AGCUUUUUGUUUUACUGUUGUUAGCUGCGAAUAAUGUAUCGAGCGUUAGCGGGUGUCGUGGCUGCGGCUGCUGUUGGGGCGGCUGCGUACACGACCUAUCAGAAGGAAAAUGAACGUCUUGUCUUGGAGCAGAUGCGGGUGCUGAUGGAGCAGGAGGCAGCAAAAACGAAAAGCGGCCCUGUGUUGAUCGUAGCGACGCCGGCAGAUGAAGGCUGUCAACCAACGAGCAACCACCCCAGCACACAGGUCACCUGACCUGCGUAAAAUUCAUCUCUUUUUUUAUUUGCGUGAGGCAAAGCAGGUCGGCGUUGGUUUUUGCUUGUGAGAAGGUGUCUCGCUGCCAGUGCUCCGCUUUCCUACCUCGAAAACGAAUACCCCGUUUUUUUUGUUUCUUCUUCUUCACAUUUUCGUUCUGUGUGCGAACACGUCACGGUGGAUUUCACUGUCUAAAACGCAAAGCAGAAAACUAUCAGCAUUCGAAAAAGGUUCAAGAGAAAAACAACAGCAACAACUUAUAAUGUGCCUUCUAGGUGAAACGGCGGUUUCGGCUGGUCUGAUGUUGUUGACUCCAAAAAGCGUUCAACAGCGGAGUUACACGGUCGGUGUCGCAACGCGAUCUUCGGCGAGCGCAACGCACCGAGAUUUAUGCGUUCAGAAAAAGAAGUCAGUGGCUCACACGCCUGAUGUCUACCGUGAAACGACGGGUUGUAAAUGUUCACCACUUUUACUCGCUUUUUCAAUUUCUUCCUCUCCAUCUUUUCGUGUGCUUUUGUGCGUUCCGUCCUUCUGCCAACGUGGCUCUGCGUUGCAUCCCUGCGCGUCUCUCUGUGAAUCUUUACUAUUAUUAUUCUUAUUAUUGUUAUAAGAAGAAGCAAAGAACAACAGUGUAGUUGCUAUCUUUGCUUUCCGCUAUUACGUGGUGGUGCUUUAUUUCCGAGCGGCUCGAUUAGAUUUCACGAACAAAAGGAGAAGUCCCGAGAAUGGAGGACAGUUCGACAAACCCAGAUCACGUAGAAGAGCAGAUCACUGCUGGCCUCCCAACAGCAGAAGAACCUCCACAGGCCAGCCCAGAGGAAGAAGAGGCGAUGGAGGAGCAGGAUGGCCCUUCCCCCCUUUCUCACGGUGGCGCAGAAGGCGACGAUUCAGAGGUGGGUCAUGAGGUUGCUCCCCCGCGAGCGAGUCCGGACCCAAACGAUGUCGGCUACUUCGCACGUCUGAACCCGCAUGCGGAGGACUUGGCAGACAACGUUGCAUCGGAUGUGCGACGCGUGCCGUCUGCGCAGCAACGCCAGCACGACGAGGUUGGUCACGAAACACACGAAUACGAAGACAUCCCCACAGAGCAAGACGACCAAGAAGGCCAACGCAGCGGAAAUGGUGCAACGGUCGAGCGACGGCGCUCUGCAGAUGCCUCGGGUGCGCCUCCGCGACGCCCCAGUGCAACCACCGUGGCGCAGUCCACCACGCUAGCACGUCAGCCCUGCCACGGCACGCAGGUGGAUGCAGAGACGGAUAUUCCAGCUGAAGCUGAGCAGCACCAUGACGUCGACGAUGAUGGGGCGACGGCCGCUGCUGCUGGUGCUGCUGAGGAACCUCGUUCAGAAGCCGCUACGUCCUCCGAUGACGUUCAUGUGCGUGUUGCUACCGCUGCUGCUGCUGCCGCGCCACCGGGCUGGAGUCAGCUUCCGCAGGCCGCACACGGCACGGCGGAGGUCACUGCCAUGCUCCUGCCAAUGCAAUCGCUCACGCGCAUCACGGUGCCGGUCCACAACCCCAACCUCUACCGCCCCCCUCCCUCCUCCAACGUCCACGACGAAGGCAGCGACGAGGAGGACGAAGAGGCGGUGCACGGCGACGGCGACACUGGUCUACGCGCGGAUCGAAAUGGAGGGCGGAAUGAAUCCCCGUACUGGGUGUUGAUUGCGAAGGAGCUGUUUGAAGUCCUCGCGGAGCGGCUCCAUCUUCACCCCGAGUCGUUUCACGUUUUCCAUCAACACAAGCGCCUCCGAUUUAUGGGCACGCUUUUCCUGGACUGCGACGUGACAUCUUCGCCCUCAUCUAGUGAUCCAGCAACGGCGGAGAACAACCGAGCAGAGCCGAUUUGGGUGUCCGUUACAUUUCCCAACCCACAUGCCUCCCUCCCUGCGACGGAGGCGCGCUCAAAGCAGCCGUUCACGUCCACCGCACCCGGCGCCGAGGACGAAGCGGACGAGGCGCACACCUCUCUAGGCGGUGUACCUGCGCAUCUUGCCGAGCUCGGACCUGCCGACUACGUCGCCCGGUGCAUCCGGGUGCGGCGCCGCAAGGCGCAGAUUCCGCCCCGCACCCUCGUGGAGGGCCGUCACCAAGGCUACAGUUAUGAUGAGGUGAUUCAGCGCACGCAGACCCUGCACGACGCGGCGGUGCAGGAGGAGGGCAAAAGCAGCGGGAUUGAUACGGCGGCGUCGAAUUUCACGAUCAUCGCCAUCGUCCAAGAAAGCCCAGUAACGCCCACCAAGCCGUUUCUUGGCGGAUACCGGGACAAGCGUCAGCCCGACCAUGUCCUGCUGCACGCCGCCACCCAACUCUACCAUCGCGACCUGGAAUACUCGCCCUUUGCCAAGUCUGGCGUGGCGAUGGCGGCGGCAGGCGGUGUCGAUCGGACCUCGCGACACACGCAAACCUUCGGCAUCUCCCGCAGCUGUCAAACCCACCGCGAGGCAUGUGUGCAGACACCGCGGGUGGACCUGCUGCUGGACACGUCACACGACUUUGUUGUGGUGGCGCGGCCUUAUUUCACUUCGGGGGCCCUGCAGGCUCUACGGGAUGAGAUGGCCGUUGUGAUCCAGAAGAUGUACCGUCAGUGGAAGGCACGGCGGGUGCGCAGCGAGUUGGAAGAGGCGGAGUCGGCGCGGCAGCACCGGGCCGGUGCACGGCAGCGACGCGAGGAGGCCCUGCACGCCGCCGUGGAGGAUGCCGCCCAGUUGCGUCGCGACGACCCCCGCAGCGCAAUGGACUUUGAACGGGUGCGACAGGAGAUCAUCGACUGGCGGGCGGCGGAGGCGGCGCGGAUUCAGCGCGAUGCGACGCUGUCGUCGGCCGACGCCAGUGCCGCCCUGUUGGCCAUCACCAAGAAGGAGCUGCAGCUACUACAGCAACUCGAUCAGCGCCGCCGCGAGGUGGGCAAGACGCGCGAAGAGUUGUCGUUUGUGCAUCAGCUGGAUCGCAUGGCCGCCCCGAAGCAGUGGGGGACGGUAUACGUGGAGACCCCCGAGACGGAGCGGGCGGGGGAGUUGCGGGACUUGUAUGAGCGGCUGGCGCAGACGAGCAGGCCGGCCCGAGGCGGUGCUACCGUCGGCGGCGGCGCUUCCUCCUCCACGAGGAUGGCCAGUAGAACUAAGCCAGAUGCGACGGCAGCGUCGCCCUUACCACUUGCCUCUUCUUCUCCCCAUCUUGCUCCGCCCGGCUACGUUGCGCAGGGCAGCAGCGCCGCCGGCGUACCGCAGAGUGGCAGGUUUGCCGCGCCGCUCAAUGCGAGCGACACGCCGGCGCUUGCCAUGACGUCCACCAAAGACGGCCUUACUUCCACGACGGCGGCACGGCUCGACAUUUUGUUGCGUGUGAAGUGGACGGUGCGAGAGUUCGACGCCACCUCCCCGCUGGCACGCGAGUUGGGCGAGCUGAUCGAUCGCGAGGCCGAUCUGUUGCACCGUGGACGGAAGGACGCCUCUCUGGUGGAGCUGCGCAAGCGCAUUCAGACGCUCUUCGCGCAGUUCACCGAGGAUCCGGAGUACAACCCUGGCGUGAAGGGUUUUGUGCGGACGGCGCGGGGGCGGGCGCGUGUUCGGGCGGUGGAAGCCGAGCGGCAGCAGACGCAGGCCAAAACGCUGAAGAACCGAAAUUAG